AUGCACAUUUUCCCCUACAACUGCAAACAAACCAAUCGGUCCCUAAAUUUCUUCCACAGAUCUGAAGGAAAUGAGUCUUGUUUCCAAAACAAGAAGGGACAUAUUAAACGUUCCAUGAAUGCCUACAUGGUGUGGGCUUACAUCAACCGACAUGCCCUGAACAAAGCUCGUCCUGAUGCCAGUGUGAUGGACACCAAUGUUCAGCUGGGCAUCGAGUGAUCCAAGCUCAGUGAGGAACAGCAGAGGCCCUACUAUGAAGUGGCUCACAAACUGAGAAUCAAGCAUCAGCAACAGUUCCCUGAUUAUGUGUAUUCCCCCAAGAAGAAGAAGAAGAAGAAAUACGCCAAACGUUUAGAUUCAGAGCAGAAACCAGAACAGGCAGAUGGACAGUUGACGUGCUUGUGUGUAUGUAUCAGGCCUCUCUACGGAUACCCAAAUGCCGGCAUCUCUGUGGAAGAAGUGCCGAGUCACCACUACACUCACCUGCAGGGGAACACCAUCGCUCAGGUCGCCGUCGACAGCGAAGCCAUGCAGUCAGAGUCUUAUCCAUGUCACAUUAGGCAAGAAGAUCUCUCUGGCUUUGUCAGACCCUCGGAGAACCUAGAGCAGCCUGAUGUUGCCACCAGUAGGAUGGAAUAUGAUUGGGAUGCUGACGAUGAGGAUGAGGAUGAGGAUGAUGAUGAAAAUGAUGAUUAG